UUUUAACUACGAAUCUGCAUCAUGUCUGGUCGCGGAAAGCAGGGAGGCAAAGUGCGGGCUAAGGCCAAGUCUCGCUCUUCUCGUGCUGGGCUGCAAUUCCCUGUAGGUCGCGUGCACCGGCUGCUGCGUAAGGGGAACUAUGCGGAGCGAGUGGGAGCCGGCGCUCCUGUUUACAUGGCUGCGGUGCUAGAGUACCUCACUGCUGAAAUCUUGGAGCUGGCUGGCAACGCCGCCCGCGACAACAAGAAAACCCGCAUCAUCCCCCGGCAUUUGCAGCUGGCCAUCCGCAACGAUGAGGAGCUGAACAAGCUGCUGGGUAAAGUCACCAUUGCUCAGGGUGGCGUCCUGCCCAACAUCCAGGCGGUGCUGCUGCCCAAGAAAACCGAGAGCCACAAAGCCAAGGGCAAGUGAGGCUGCUGCAUCUCCUGGGGGGAAAACUUCCCCACGACUCUGUGAACCCAAAGGCUCUUUUAAGAGCCAC